CAUGGCAGUGGCCAAGUAGAAUCGCCUGCUAAAGCAGAACCAAAUGCAUUAGGGUCAAAUCCUAUCUGAUGAACGACUGGUCCCCUGGUUAUCUAAGUCAACAUGCAAAUUGCCUGCGUCGGACCCACAACCGAUCCCCAUCCAAAAAAGAGCCAGCAUCAGGACCAGAGCCAAAGCCAGAGCCAGAACCAGAACCAGCAUCCGCAGCUGCAGAAGCAGAAGCAGAAGGAGGACCCGCAGCAAAAGCACAAUAAAAAUUGCCUAUAAAUGGGCGGAAGAGCCAAAGGAAGGGGAAAAGGAAGGCAGGACGGUCGUUCGCUGGAUGUGGAGGCCAUGGAUAUACGCACAAGGACAACAGCAGGAGGAGAAGAUGAAGCAGCACCAGCAGCAGCAGCAUCGACAGUAGAAGCAGAAGGAGGAGGACCAGGAGAACCACACAGGGUGGUGGGUGGUGGAGUAGUCGAACAGUACAACAAAGCCAACAAACUUCCGCAUAGGAUGCGCCGGAACGGAAGUUAUUUUGGCCGCCUGAACGUGAGCGUGUUCCUCAUCUACUUGUGGUGCUAUCUGCUGCUGAUAAUGGCCGCAUCUGGUGGCAGCAACAAUGUGGUAAACGGCCUCAAAUGCUACUGCAAUCCGAAGGAAUGCGAUGUAAUACGCUCGCUCGACUGCCCCGGCAAGGGCCUGAUGCUCUGGGAUCCAUGCAAAUGUUGUCGCAUCUGCGCCAAGACCUUGGGCGAAUCCUGCGGCGGUCCCGGCGGUUUUUCCGGCCAAUGUGAGCCGCCCCUGCAGUGUGUGACCAAGCUGCCCAUUAGCAGCGGUCUGGGCGUGUGCAUGGAUUUGCAACACCUGACCGCCCUGACCUCCUCGCAUGACAACUGUACCGAGGGGGAGUCGAUUGUCUUGCAGCCGGGCUGCGAGAUCACCAACAAGCGCUGCCAGUGCUGGCCCAUCAUGCGCACCUGUCUCAGCGAGCUCUCCAGCGACGGGGCCUCCCCCAAUGAUUCCCGUUGGCACUUCAAGAACUUGGAGGACUGCCAGUUAAAUUUGCAAAAUCUCAUUAAACUCGAAUUGGAGUUCGAUGGAGACUACAAAAUCUCACCCAGAAAAUUUACAUACAAAAAGCUCCGCAGAAAGCGAAAAUCUUUGAGGAAACGCAUCAUCAUCUUGGACGAUUGAGGGUCAUAUUCCGAGCCAUAUGUCUAUCGUCCUCCCUCUCCUCUAUGUUCUCCAGAAACUCAACAGAAACCAAACGAAAGAUCUUGUACAGAUAGAAUGCUUACUUCUAAACGAUAAUAUGGCUAUUAUAAAUACAAAUACCAAUACCAAUGCCAGUACAUAUACAUAUAAACAUAAAUACCUAUUCAUAUACAAUGGGAUAAUGCAUACAUACAUAUAAAUAAUAAAAUUAAAUAAUUGUGUAUGAGUAUCCUGAGACAUUUGUUACUUUAUUGCGCGCAAUUUUUCCUAAAGAACCCCCCCACAAAAACAAAAUACAUGCAUACAUACGAGUACAUAAAUACAUAGUACAUAUGUAUAUGUAUACAUAAACAAUAUAUUGAACACACACUCAAAUAUGUAUGUGUGGGUGUUGUUGCUUUACAAAUAAUGUUGCAAAUAAUAAGUGAAUAAUUAAGU